AUGCAUCGACCUCUGACAGACAGCACUCUCUACCGCAUCAACGCGGGUAUUCUAAUUCCAGGAAGGGGAGCACCAAUUCCUCGCGGAGCUGUGGUCUGGAAAUCCAACACAAUCCUCUAUUCUGGCCCGCAGCAUGAAGUACCAGUCGAGUAUCAGGAUGCUGUUAAUACAAAUGUCCCCGUUGCCAUGCCAGGCAUGUGGGAUUGCCACAUUCAUUUCUUAGGCGCAACGGCGGCGAGCAUGGAUUCUAUUGUGAAUACGCCACAAGCAUUGGCAGGGGCACGAAGUGUGCCUGACUUAUAUGCAACCAUUAUGGCGGGAUUCACCUCAGUCCGCGAAGUUGGAGGAUACGGUUGCGAGCUGGCCAGAGUCAUCGACGAGGGCCGCAUUCCAGGACCGACCAUCUACGGUGCGCACAGCGCCAUCAGCAUGACUGCAGGCCACGGAGACGUACACGGUGUGAAUCUCGAGGGCUUGCGUGACCUAUGUACGCAUGGCUUGCCUUUGACAAUCGCAGACGGUGUGCCUGAGUGUCUGCAGGCCGUACGAAAGCAGCUGCGGCACGGGGCACGCGUCAUCAAAGUCUGCGCCAGUGGUGGCGUAGUGAGCGCUAUCGACGACCCGCAGCAUCAAGAAUUCUCGUUCGAAGAACUGAAAGCUAUUGUUGACGAGGCGGCGCGGGCAAGACGCGUUGUGGCCGCUCAUUGUCACGGCAAGGCAGGCAUCAUGAAUGCUCUCCGUGCGGGUUGUCGCACGAUUGAGCACGGCAGCUAUCUGGAUGAAGAGGCUAUCGACUUGAUGCUAGAGAAGGGGGCUAUGUUGGUGGCAACACGCAGUGUUAUCGAAAGCGGACUUGCUAUGCGUGAUCUCUUCACGCCCGGCUCAUACCAAAAAUUGCUCGAGGUAGCUGAUACGCAUAAGAGGGCGUAUCAGCUAGCAGUCAAACGUGGCGUGCCUAUUGCUCUUGGUACAGAUCAAUUCAUCAGCUCGGAUAAUCCCGCAUUGGGAUAUGGACGCAAUGGUGGAGAACUGGUGUACGCGGUUGCGGCAGGCAUGACACCGCUGGCUGCAGUUGAAGCUGCCACAGCCAAUGGGCCGUUAACACUCGGAGACCAGGCGCCAAAGAGUGGCCAAUUGAGGGAGGGAUUUGACGCAGAUAUCAUCGCACUGACAGCAAACCCACUAGAGAAUAUAACAGUGGUCUCUGAUCCGAAGAAUAUCACGCAUGUAUGGCGAUAUGGCAAACUUGUCAAAUCAAACUAA